UGGGUGCGGGGUGCGGAGAACUCAGCCUCGCAGGAGCCCGGCAGCACCGAGGACAGCGCCCGGCAGCGCCGCCCCGCUCUCCGUCCUGCUCCCCGGCGGGCGCCCCGCACCGACCGACCCACGCGCGCCCCUCACCGCGCACACGCCGCCUCGCUGUACGAUGGCCGAAUCCCACCUGCAGUCAGCCCUCAUCACCGCCAAACAGUUCUUUGAGAUCUGGCUUCAUUUCGACUCCGACGGAAGUGGUUACCUGGAAGGAAAGGAGCUGCAGAACUUGAUCCAGGAGCUCCUGCAGGCGCGAAAGAAGGCUGGAUUGGAGUUAUCGCCUGAGAUGAAAACUUUUGUGGAUCAGUAUGGGCAGAGAGAAGAUGGCAAGAUAGGAAUUGUAGAGUUGGCUCAUGUAUUACCCACAGAAGAAAAUUUCCUGCUGCUCUUCCGAUGCCAGCAACUGAAGUCCUGUGAAGAAUUCAUGAAGACAUGGAGAAAAUAUGAUACUGAUCACAGUGGCUUCAUAGAAACGGAAGAACUUAAGAACUUUCUAAAGGACCUGCUAGAAAAAGCAAACAAGACUGUUGAUGACACAAAGUUGGCAGAGUAUACAGACCUAAUGUUGAAACUCUUUGACUCAAACAAUGAUGGGAAGCUGGAACUGACUGAGAUGGCCAGGUUAUUACCAGUGCAAGAGAAUUUUCUUCUUAAAUUUCAGGGAGUUAAAAUGUGUGGGAAAGAAUUCAAUAAGGCUUUUGAGUUAUAUGAUCAGGAUGGCAAUGGAUACAUAGAUGAAAAUGAACUGGAUGCUUUACUGAAAGAUCUGUGUGAGAAGAAUAAACAGGAUCUGGAUAUUAAUAAUAUUCCAACAUACAAGAAGAGCAUAAUGGCUUUGUCGGAUGGAGGGAAGCUGUACCGAACAGAUCUGGCCCUUAUUCUCUCUGCUGGGGACAACUAGAGUUGAGGCCACCAAUACUUGCUAGUGAUACAUUGUAUCUAAAAAAUUAACUGUGCACUAUAAAGGAGUAGGCUGUAUUUUCUUUUAUAUCUGUAAAUUUUACCGCAUAAUUAUAGAUAAUUAUCCAGAAUGUGUGGCACAUUCUUUUCUGCUUGUUUCUAUACUGUUUGUAAUGUACAGUUUUUGUAAUUAUGAUUGAAAAGGAGAAGGUCUAUAUUUAGGCCAGUCAGUAUACUCAAUUAAAAAUAACCUAUUUUUGCCUUUAUAAAUACAGUUGCCCAUGAAGAUUCCCCUGAAAUUUGUCACCAAGAUUAAUCUCUAAAAUUUUAGUCUCUGAUGUAAAAAUGCACAUUUACCACUGAAUAAAAACCACACAUGACGAGUCAAUGAUUCUUAUUUUAGGCAGUCAUAAGACUGUUCCACAAAGUACUUUCAUAUUUCUGUCAGGAGAAAUGUGCUUUCACAGUUAAAUACUCACAAAAAAUACCAAUAAAUAGUCAAAUUGUGGCUUUAUGAAGUAAGCAGUCUCACUAGAGAUUUAGUUCAUUAAUCAACAUGUCUGCAGCUUGAAUUUAUCCAAACUAUUGACUCAAAUUGAUGUGGUGUCAAGAGAAGGCAGCACCAGUUGACACAGAUCUGAUUCGAAGUCUGUUUCCAACAAGUCUACUGUCAGAGUACGACUUUAAUCCAUUUUCUAUUUUCAUGUGUUUCUGAUGAUAAUUAUUCUGGUAACUGCUGUUUUAUGUUCUAUUGUGUGUAAGCUCUGAUUAAAUUUAAUAUGCUAAGUAUCCUGGUGUCUAGUUUGUGUACUUCCUGGAUUUUCUUUCUAUGUAGAACUGUUCAUUUCACCAAGGGUAUCUGCUGCCUCUGAAAAUAUUUUUUUCUAGCUAUAACAACUCUAUUUUUUACUAUAACUGAAUUUUAAUGUAAAAUUCAUAGCAUCCUGAUUACUGAAUGUUAUAUCAUCAAUACUUUUGUGUAUUCUAUGGAUUCUAUAUUUCACAUUGAGAUUAGUAUUCAAAAUAGUUCUAUUUCUAUCUGCAAAUAGUUUCAAAUGCGUUCAAAAUAGCAUCUGAAGAAAAAUGCUACUGUAAUCAUUAUUUUAUCUAGCAAAAGAGAUCCUAAAACCUCCUUUGGCCCACCAGAUCUAAGUCACAGUUUCACAUACGAUAGCUAGAAUAUCCUAUACUGGUUAUAGCUGACAUGCAAUGGAUGGUGAUUUUAUAUUCUCUAUAGAGAAAAGAGUAAUGUGAGAAAUGUCUAUGUGGAAUUUAUAAAGUUACCAUUAAAAAGUUAAUGAUGGUUCUGGA